GCGGCGACCUCAUCCGUGCUUGCAAGGACCCGGCGCCCGAGCCCACCGCCAUGGGAUGGGACCUGAAGGUGAAGAUGAUAGGGGGCGACGAGCUCCAGGUGACCCUGAGCAGCUCCAUGCUGGCAUCAGAACUGAAGCAGAAGAUCACCGAGAAGUUUGGGGUGCCUGCCUUCCAGCAGCACCUGGCCAUCCACCCGAGCGGUGCGGAGCUGCAGGACGGCAUCCCCCUCGUCAGUCAGGGGCUGGGCCCCGGCAGCGUGGUCGUGAUGAUGGUGAAGCGCGAUGACCCCCUGAGCAUCCUGGUGAGGAAUGACAAGGGUCGCAGCAAUGCCUACAAGGUGCAGCUGACACAGGACGUGGCCCAGCUCAAGCAGAUGGUGAGCCAGCAGGAGGGCACACCGGUCGACCAGUUCUGGCUGAGCUUCGAGGGGAAGCCCAUGGACGACCUGAAGCCGCUGGGGGAGUAUGGCCUUGUGCCCCACUGCACGGUGACAAUGAAUUUGCGCCUGCGAGGGGGCAGGGCAGGGCCUGGAGGGCCACACUGAGGGCCUCCACCAGUGUCUGACCAGGAUCGAAUGCUGGAAAUAAA